GUUUGUACAGUUUUGUUAUUGGCUUUUCUGAUAUUUUCUGAGUUUCUGCUAAUUAUCAAAGAUUGUGGAGAAAAAAAUUGAAGCUUUUCAAGAUUCUUGGCUGGUUAUAUUGUUCUGUGGUUUCCUUUUGGUAGAUUGGUGUCAGCAUUGGCAAUAUGUCUGAGAAAUAUGCAAAUUUUGGGUGGGUUAUGAGGUCAAAUAGCCCCAAGAUUCAAUGGUGGUUUAAACUAUUGACAAUGGGUGUUUUUCUUGGAAUCUUGAUUGUGUGGGAGAUUGAUAGUGUCAACGUGGGUAGUUUUUCUAGAAAUUUUGUUAUGUUAAAGGUGAAUAGUUCAGGAAAGUUAAGUCCUACCUUUAAAGAUUUCAGCUUUACCAAUAUUAUCCAAUAUUACAAGUUUUGGUUAACUACUUACCAAAAACUGAACCAAGAUUUCCCCCCCCAAAAUCAAAGUAAUGCCCCUGAUUUCAGUCUUGAAAUGGUGAGAAAUUUGUCCCAUAAGGAACCAGCUUCAAGACCAAGAGUUUUUAGGUGGAUUUCAGCUGAAUUAGAGGCAAACUAUUCAUCAUAUCUUCUUAAAAAGUGGUUGGCUCCGGGUGGUGAAUCGUGUAGGGGAUCAAUAACUGUGGAUGUAAAAAUCCCUGCUUUGGAUGGUCGUAAGAACGUUGAGUUGUCAACUGGGGAUAUUCAUCAGUUUGUUUUCCAUGUAGUGGAUGAUUCUGGGAAGCCCCAUUGUUUAGGUGGUGAUUAUUUUGAAACUGAUAUUGCUGGUGAAACAUGGAAGUCUAGGCCUCCUAUUAAAGAUUUAGGCAAUGGUACUUACCAGUUUUCCCUACAAGUCCACCCUGAUUUUUCAGGGGAUUAUAAUCUCACAAUCAUCCUACUAUUUCGGCAUUAUGAAGGCUUGAGGUUUUGGCCUGAAAGAUUUGCAUUUGACAAGGUUUUACGCGUGAUCCCAAUCAAAUUCUCCAAGUCCUCCAUUGAAUUACCUGAAAUAUCUCAAUGCAAGAAGUUAGAUCUUGUUAGAAAUGUAUGGUCUGGUCGAUGGACUCUUCAUGCCAAGAAUGAUAGCUGCCUAAUUAGCGAUGAUGGCCGAUACAGAUGCCAAGAGCCAAAUUUUCCAUGCCAAAAACCAUGGUGUGAUGGUCCACUAGGGUCCUUGGAGAGUAAUGGUUGGGUAUAUUCAGCACAUUGUUCAUUUAAGAUGUUCUCAAGUGAAGAAGCAUGGAAUUGUUUGAAAGAUCGCUGGAUUUUCUGGUGGGGUGAUUCGAAUCAUUGUGACACAGUGAGAAACAUUCUUAAUUUCAUUUUAGAUGUGAAUGAUAUAAAGGAGGUUCCAAGAAGAAUUGAUUUGAACAUCAGCAACCCGAGGAAUCCAUCACAGAGAGUUCGAUUUACUAAUAUUUUCAAUGGGCAUCCUAAUGAGACAGGUAAUAAUCAAGGGUUGAAUUCGUUGGCGGAUGCAGACUACAGAGAACUUUUGAAAGGGUACUUCUCUAGACAUGUUGUUCCAGACACUAUAAUCAUGAAUUCAGGCUUACAUGAUGGACUGCAUUGGUCUAAUAUUAGGCAUUUCAUUGAAGUUGCCGACUAUGCUGCAUCAUUCUGGGUUGAGGUACUUAAUGGGGUAAGGCAGAGAGGGUUGAGACCUCCCCGAGUCAUAUAUAGAACCACAAUAGCCACUGGUGGAUAUGCUAGAAUAUUAGGAUUCAAUCCAAAUAAAAUGGAGGCCUUCAAUGGGGUAGUCUUGGAUAAGUUUAGGGCAUAUGGUUUAGUUGAUCAUGUCAUUGAUGAUUUCGACAUGACUUAUCCAUGGCAUUAUGACAAUCGAUGCAAUGAUGGGAUGCAUUAUGGUCGUGUUCCUGCCAAACGAAAGUGGAUAGAUGGUCAAAUUGGGCACCAAUACUUCGUGGACGUUAUGCUUGGUCACGUGCUGCUCAAUGCGUUAUGUGCAAGAUAGAAGGUGGAAAAUGGUGACGCUAAGUGCUCACAUUGGCUCUGGUUUUUGCUGGGAGAAUUUGCAAGAUCCUUCUGAGAUGCAGCCAACUUCAAGCAAUUGAUGGUGCAGCAAAUUUGGUGAUAUUUUUGCAUUUUAUGUCAUUAGAGAUCUAAUGUCAAAACUAAAGGUUGUAAAGGGCCAAUAUCUUUGCCUUUUG